GGACUUCUCGGGAGUGGUUUCAGGAGGCAUGUCAAAAAUACAUAUUUAUGAGAUGGAAAGAACAUUAUUUUGUCAAUGUGACCGCUCAAGAGAGUGGGUUAACUAUUGCCGGUUUUUACUAUAUCUGUAUCAGGAGAAGUGAUGGAGCUAUCGAAGGUUAUUAUUUUGAUCCAGUAUCUACACCUUAUCAAAAGUUAACCCUCAAACCAUUAUUAGAAGGAAAUGGAGUUUCAUUCU